AUGCAUGAAGAAACAUUGCAAUCAGUUCUACCGGGGCAGAAAUUUCCUAAAUGGAUGUGUAUGAAGAAAGAAAGUUGUGCUGUAGAAGAAAGAAAGGCAUCUUCUGUUCAGAAGAGUGUUUUUGAAGAUGACCUUCCCUUCUUAGAAUUCACUGGAUCCAUUGUGUAUAGUUAUGAAGCCAAUGAUUGCUCUCUCCUAUCAGAAGACAUUAGCAUGAGUCUAUCUGAUGGAGAUGUGGUAGGAUUUGACAUGGAAUGGCCACCAGUAUACAAUAAAAGGAAACUCGGCAAAGUUGCACUAAUUCAAUUGUGUGUGUCUGAGAGCAAAUGUUACUUGUUUCACAUUUCUGCUAUGUCAGUUUUCCCUCAGGGAUUAAAAAAUUUGCUUGAAAACGAAGCAAUUAAAAAAGCAGGUGUAGGAAUUGAAGGAGAUCAGUGGAAACUUCUACGUGACUUUGAGAUCAAAUUGAAGAGUUUUGUGGAGUUGACAGAUGUUGCCAAUAAAAAGCUGAAAUGUAGAGAGACCUGGAGCCUCAAUGGUCUGGUUAAACACCUCUUGGGUAAACAGCUUUUGAAAGAUAAGUCUAUCCGCUGUAGUGAUUGGAGUAAUUUUCCCCUCACUGAAGACCAGAAACUGUAUGCAGCCACUGAUGCUUAUGCUGGUCUCAUCAUUUAUCGAAAAUUAGAAAUUUUGGGUGAUGCUGUGCAAAUGUUUGCUAUAAAUAAAGUGGAGGAAAUCCUACCUAGUGACAUGAAGAAACAAUUGACUUCAAUCUCUGAGGAGGCGAUGGAUCUGGCUACACAUCUUCCCAACACUUUCAGAAAAUUGGAACAUCCACAGAGGGUUUCUAACCUAUUAAAGGAUAUUUCAGAAAAUCUGUAUUCACUGAGGAAGAUGAUAUUUGGUUCUACUAACACCGAGGCUGAACCGAAGCCCAGCAAUAAUUUUAACUUAUUAUCAUUGGAGGAUUCAACUGUUGGUGGAGUACAACAGAAACAAAGUAGAGAACAUAAAAUUUUUGCUGAUGUUAAAGAUGACACAUCGGACACAACACUUGAUAAUUUAGUUCAAUGUGAUGGACAAAAUGUACUUGGAAAUGAAGUGAAACAAAAAGAAGAUGGAUUUGAAGAUGGCAUAGAAGGCAAUGAAUCGAAAGAUAAUAAGGAAAGAAUUUGUUUAAUGUCGUUAGAUGUUACAGAAUCUGAACUUCAAAUGUGGGAACAGCAGGCUCAGGAAGAAUAUGAUAGGGAUGUUACUUCCAAAUCUGCUGAGCACUUGCUUCCUGGAGAUUCUCCCACGGAUACAUCUCAUGUAAUUGAAAGUGAUGAAGAUUUAGAAGUGGAGAUGCUUAAGUUUUCAGAGAACCUAAAUAAAGGCAUGGUAGAACCAACUCAUUCUCAUUGCUUAGAAAUGGAAAGAAAUCUGGGUCUUCCAACUGAAGAAGAAGAUAAAGAUGAAGAUGAAAAUGAAGCUAUUGAAGAGGAAGAAAAAGAUGAAAAUGAAAAUGAAGCUAUUGAAGAGGAAGAAGAUGAUGAGAAGGGUAAGCACCAAAAUAUGUUUGAAAUGACUUUUUGCUUUUUACCUUUGAGGGUUCAGUGGAAAGUGAUUCAUUCAGUAUUGGAGGAAAGAAGAGAUAAUGUUGUUGUCAUGGCAACUGGAUAUGGAAAGAGUUUGUGCUUCCAGUAUCCACCUGUUUAUGUUGGCAAGAUUGGCAUCGUCAUCUCUCCUCUUAUUUCUUUGAUGGAAGACCAAGUGCUCCAGCUUAAGUAAGUCAUGUUAUCACUGCCCUCUUUUUUUCUUCUGCAUAAAAAUCCUGAGCUCCUCCUGCUUGGGGCCGGCACUUCCCCUUUUUUUCUUUCGGGUAUCACACUUAUUGCUGUGGAUGAGGCUCACUGUAUUUCUGAAUGGGGGCAUGAAUUUAGAACGUCAUUUAGGAAAUUGGGCUCCCUAAAGACAGCACUCCCAUUGGUUCCAGUUGUUGCACUCACUGCGACUGCAAGUUCUUCAAUCCAGAAAGACAUUGCACGUUGCUUACAUCUGAGGGAUACUCAGUUUACCUGUACUGGCUUUGAUCGACCAAACCUGUAUUUAGAAGUUGCAAAAAAAACAGGGAAUAUCCUUCAGGAUCUGAAACAAUUUCUUGUCAAAAAGACGAGAUCUCCCUCCUCAUCAGUGUUCCUUCGUGUAUUCUGUCCAACUAUCAUCUAUUGUACUUCCAGAAAAAUGACAGAAAAAGUUACAGCUGAACUUAACAAACUGAAUUUAUCCUGUGGAACAUACCAUGCAGGCAUGAAUGUGGUCCAAAGGAAAGAGACUCAUCAUAAGUUCAUGAGAGAUGAAAUUCAGAAUUCUCAGCGUCUUCCAGAUCAGUAUCGUACUCACAGUUUCUUUGGCACUGGCAAGGAAAAGACAGAGAGUUGGUGGAAGACUCUUUCCUGUCAGCUCAUAACUGAGGGAUUCUUGCAAAAAAUUCCUGGGCAUAACAAAUAUGCGGAGAUUUGCACCCUUACUGGGAAGGGUAGAAAUUGGCUUGUUAAAGCCAAUACAGAAUCUCCUCCCAGACUUAUCCUUCAAGCUAAUGAAUAUGAAGAGUGUAUCAUGGUGCAGUCACCAGAAAAAUCUUACACUUCUUCAGAACCUGUUAUUUCAGCUCAAGAGCAGGAGACUCAGACUGUGUUAUAUGGCAAAUUGGUAGACGCUAGGCAGAAACAUGGCGAUAAGAUGGAUGUUCCUCCAGCUAUUCUGGCAACGAACAAGAUACUGGUGGAUAUGGCCAAAAUGAGACCAACUACGGUUGAAAAUCUAAAAAAGAUCGAUGGUGUUUCUGAAGGCAAAGCUACUAUGUUGACCCCUCUGUUGGAAGUCAUCAAACAUUUCUGCCAAGUAAAUAAUGUUCAGACAAACCUCUUUUCAAGUACAAAACCUCAAGAAGAACAGAAGAAAAAAUACUCAUUUUCACAUUCUCCGAUGAUCACUUAUUCUUUAUUCCAAAAAAAGAAGAUGUCUGUGAAUCGUGUAGCUGAGAUCAGGAUUCUGCCUCUCAAAACAGUUGCCAUGCAUUUAUCCCAAGCGGUGAAAGCUGGCUACCCCCUAGAUUUGGAGCGAGCAGGACUGACUCCAGAGGUUCAGAAGAUUAUUGCUGGUGUUAUCCGAAACCCUCCCGUCAACUCAGAUAUGAAUAAAAUAGAAUUAAUUAGAACAUUAGUUCCUGAAAACAUUGACACGUACCUUAUCCACAUGGCAGUUGAGCUCCUUAAAAAUGAUUGUGACAGCAGACUGUUAUGCCAACCUUCAUGUGACUCCAACAAAAAGAGAUGUUUCCCCAACUCUGAAGAGAGCUGUUCAAGUUCUAAGAGAAGCAAGGAAGAAGUAGACACUAAUACUGAGGUUCAUGGAAAACAUCUUGAAAAUUUUUCACUGAAAGACGAAAGUCACAGCAAUUCCAUAAGACUAACUUCUCGGAAUGAGCCAUUGAACCAUCCAGAGAGAGAGGAUUUAUUUGCAGAUUCUCAUGUACAGCAGAGCUGCCACUACCACCUCUCCUACGUCCUCUACCUGUGUAAGAGGAGUACGGGUCUGAGAGAGAAAUUAGUUUACAAGAAGACACGGUUUGUGGAGGACAACGAACCUUUCAUCCUCUCUUUGCCAUGA